AAUCCCCAUCGGAACCCAACUCCCUGACACAGAAGGCGGCAGCUGAUUGGCCACCAUCACCACUGCCUGGAGUGGGAGCUUGGAGUUAGGAAGCCGCUGCUUUGAGGUAAGCACUAUUUAAACUUAAACAUUUAUAGAGUGCAUGGGGUGGCCUCCCGUUCAGUAGUCAGAGUAGCUACAGGCUGUCCCCUCCCAUGGACUGCACUGAUACAAUCUUCCCAGGAGCGAGAGAGCAAACCAUUGUCUGUGAGUGUGAACUCAACCAACAAAACGACGAUAUGAGCAUCAAGGAGUCUAACCACGGGGGAGACCAACAAAACCCCAAUACUACCGCGAAAACUUGGGCACAAGAGGUUGACGAGAUGUAUUCUGUUUCCGAUGACGACGUUGCUUACUUUCCGGAAACAGUCAUUUCUCGUGCACCUCCAAAGCAAGACGAGCGUCAGAGUACUGUAAAAACUUGGGCUCAAGAGGUGGACGACGCGUUUUCUUUUUCGGCUGACCACAUCGCUUACUUUCCUGAUAAUUCAUUCGAGCGGCGUGAAAAGAAAGGUUACUGUGAGGUCAUCCGGCGCCACGUCCCCUUCCUGACCAGGGCAGAGCUGCACAGUCUGGGCGGCGGACACCUCCUAGGUGAGGGCGGCUUUGGCCGUGUGAGGAUGGUGACCUGGGAGAAUGGCGCCCUGGCUGUGGUGAAGGAGCUGUUGCAGGCCGGGCAGCUCCUGCCGGUGCUGGCUGAGGCCACUAUGCUGCUGCAGCUCAGUGGAGCAGGCGGAGCGCCCCAGCUUCUAGGUAACUUAUCUUGUAAUACACGUAGGCAUAGAGGAACAGAAAUGUUGUAUGAGAGUUUCCACUCAUAUUGCACUUUUAAAAGGGUGGAAUAAAAAGCAUUUCGUCUUAUCAACUCUUCUCCUCUGUGUGUCUUCAGUCUCUUCUCUUCUCUUCUCUUGCUAUCUUCUUCCGCUAUUUUCACGCUAACUGGUCUGCUCCUCUUGGUAAAUACAUGCCUCCCCUCCUACCGCGACCACGCCACAAGACACUUUGUUUCUCUCACUGCUAUUCCUUCCACCUCUUUAAUGUACGAGUUAACCAUCCAUUCUCCUUUUCUGGUAAACUCUAGAACUCCCUACCUGCGUCUGUAUUUCCGCCUUCCUAAGACUUGAACUUGGCCGGUGAUCCUCCUACAUAUGAUAUACACGACCACUGCGGUCAGGCGCUCAAUAACGUGUGUUGGUGUUGUGCAGGCGUGUGCCAGUCACCCCCCGCCCUGGUGCAGGAGUUUGUGGGACAGACCUAUGACCAGUACCUGAACGUGUGUUCGGUGAAGGAGUGCCUGGCGUCACUGGAGGCCGUGUGUCACUGCCUGCAGGAAGUCCACGACAAAGGCAUCCUGCACAACGACCUCAAGUGGAACAACAUUACGUUCACCGGCACAGUCAGCGCGCCUAUCUUCCACAUCAUCGACUUUGGCCUGGCUUCCUCCAGCGCCAGCGAGGAUGUGGAAAAGGCAGACGCAGAGAAGCGUCAUGAGGUCACCACUGAGGACGACGACGACUCACUUUAUUCAAGGAAGCCCCACUGGGUGGCGCCUGAGGUGUAUACAGGAGGACCCGUCUUCCCCUCUGGCGACGUGUACAGCCUCGGCUGGCUGAUGGACGACGUAAUGGACUGGUGCACACACGACUUCCUGACAGUUCCCCUCAGGAGUCUGUCACGCGCGUGCACUGCACGUGAUGCAACCUGCCGACCCUCCCUCGCCCGCGUGGCUCACUGCCUCGCCAUCCUCGCAAAAAGCCUCACGUUGCAACAGCUAGCUCAGAAAUUUACUCUUGAAGAAAAACAAGACGAAGGCGAAGGAGACGGCGGGAAAGUUAAUGGCGUAGUGUCAGAGAAACAAGACGAUGACAUCGUGAAAGUAGACGCAAAGAAGACUGAAAAACACAAAGUUCAUGAUGUAGAGUCCGGAAAGCAAGAGCAAGAUCAGGAAGUCGAUGAUAUAGAGUCAGUAGAUUAUCAAGAACAACAAGGUAAUGCAAAUUAUGAAUUUGUGACAGGAGACACAAACAAGAAUGGAAAGGAUAAUGUAGAUGAUGAUGUAGAUUCAGGAGAUGAGGAUGAAGAUAAGGCCGAUGAUAUAGAAGCUGAAGAGGAAGGAGACAAUGAAGACGAUGAAAUUGUGACGAAAGACAAAAACAAGAGUGAUGAAGAUGGUGACAUAAGUUAUACAGAGAUAAAAGGGGAAGAGGAGCAGAAAGGUACUGACACAGGACAAAAUAAGAACAUUAAAGAAGAGAGUGAGGUAGAUGAUCAAGAGAAAGAAGAGGAUGAAAAAAAUGAAGAGAUGGCCGAUGAUGUGCAACCAGAAGAGUUCCAAGAGAAAGAAAAUAAUGAAGAUGGUGAAAUUAUGGCAAAACACAAAAAGGAAAAGAAAAAAGAUGUUUAUGUGGACUACGUAGACUCAGAAGAGGAUGAGGAUGAAGAUAAUCGUGAUGAUGGAGAUUCAAAAGAAGGCGAUGUAGAGGAACAAAACAAUGAAGGAGAAGAAACUGGGAUAGAAUGCAAAGAGAAGAGAGAAGGUAAAGGUGUAAAGUCAGAAGAGAAAGUGGAAAGAGAAGAAAAGGAUGAAGAGGAACAAGAUUAUAGAGACGAUGGAAUGAUGACAAAAGACAAAAUGACGAUUGAAAAGAACGGUGAAUUGAAUGAUAUAGAAUCAGAAACAAAAAGGGAAGAUGAAGAUGAUGAUGAUAAUGAGUUUUUGGUAGAAGAAGAGUGGAAAAGGAAAGAACACAAAGAAAACGGUGAUAUCAUCACAGGAGACAGAAAGAAGAACGAUGAAGACGGAGAGGUAGCUUAUGUAGAAGAUGAAGAUGACGGUUAUGACAAACAGUCAGAAAAGGAGAAUGAAAAGGAAGAAGGCAAUGAAGGUGAUGAAACUGUGAUACCUUUAUUAAAUAAGAAUGAAAAUGAAAACGAUGAAAUAGACACAAAAGAGGAAGUGGAUGUUGAAGUAGAUGAUUAUCACACUGAGACAGAAGAGGAUGAAGAGGAAGAAAACAACGAGAACGGUGAAAAAGUGACAGAAAACAAAAAGAAGAAUGAAGGAGGUAAUGAAGAAUUAAAAGAGAAAGAGGGAAGUGAACAAGAUGAGGCACCAGAUGAUAGAGUGUCAGAAAAAGAGGGUAAAGAAGAAGAAAACAAAGAAAACGAUGAAAUUUUCACAGAAGAUGAGGGAAAUCAAAAUAAAGAAGAUAAGAGUGAUAAUAUAAUGUCAGAACAAGGAGAUAAAGAGCGGGAAGGCUACAAAGUUGUGAUGGAAGAGAAAAAGAAAAAGAAAAAAGACAGGGGGGUGAUAAAUAUACAGCCAAAACAGGAGGAUGUUGAUAAAGAUGUGGAUGAUGAUUUAAAGGAACAAGACAAUGAGGAUGAUGAAUUUGUGAGAGAAGACAAAAAGAAGGAUGGAGAGGAUGGUGAAGACGAUGAUAGAGAUUCAGAUGGGGAUAAAGAUGAGGGAGAUUAUAUAGAAUUAGAAAAGAAUCAACAGAAAGAAGACAAUGAAUAUGAUGAAGUUGUGACACAAGAUAAAAACGAGAAUGAGGAAGACGGUGAGUCUGAUCAUGAAGAGUCAGGGGAGGAAGACGAAAAUAAAGAAGAUGAGAGUUACAAUAUAGUGUCGGAAGAAGUGGGUAAAGAUGAGCAAGACAAAGAUAACGAUGGAACUGUCAUGGCAGAUCUUAUUAAAGAGAAUGAGGUAGAUUACGAAGAGAUAGAAGAGAAUGAGGAAAAUGAAGACGUUGCUAAUGACAGAGAACUAGAAGAGGAUGAAGAAGAAAAAAAUCAUGAAAAUGAUGAAUGUAAUGCAGAAGAAAAAGAGAAAAAGAAUGGAACAGACGGUGAUGUGGAUUAUGUAGAGUCAGAAGAAGAUGAGGAGAAAGAAGAUGAGGGUGAUGAUAUAGAUUCAGAAGAAGAGAAUGUAAAGGAAGAAGACAAAGAACACAAAAAAACUAGGGCAGAAGAAAAACGGGUGAUUGAAAAGGCUUGGGAAUUACAUGAUGCAGAACCACACUCAGAAAAAGAAAAGGAAGAUAAUAAUAAUGAUAAAGAUGAGGAUGAUGAUUUAGAACUAGAAGAAAAUGAAGGGAAAGAACACAAAGAAAACGAACAUAUUACGACAUAACACAGAAAGAAGAAUAAUGAAGACAGUGAGGUGAAAUAUGUAGACGAAGAUAAAGAUGAGGGUCACGGUAUAGAGACAGAAGAGGAGGAUAAAGAGGAAGAAGACAAUGAAGAAGAUAAAAUUGUGACCCUAGGCAAAAAGAAGAAGAAAAAUGAUGAAAACGAUGAAGUAGAUCUAGAUGAGGAAGAAGAUGAGGAUAAUCAUAAAAAGUCAGAAGAGAAUGAAGAGGACGAAAACAAUGAGAAUGAUGAGAAGGUGACAAAAGACAAAAAGAAGAUUGAGAAUGAUGAGUUAAAAGAGGAAGAGGAAGAUGAAGAAGAUGAGGAAGCAGAUGAUAUAGUGGCAGAAGAGGGUGAAGAGCAAGAAAACAAAGAAAACGAUGAAAUUGUCACAGAAGACAAAAAGAAGAAUGGAGAAGGGGAACUCUAUGAUGUAGAAUCACAUGAAAGAAAACACGAUCAAGAAGAUGAGGGUGAAAAUAUUACGUCAGAAGAAGAGGAUGAAGAGGAGGAACAUGAUGGAGUUGUGCUGGAAGAGGAAAAGAAGAAGAAAACAGGUGAGGUGGAAUAUAUGCAGCCAAAACAGCAGGAUGAUGCUGAUAAAAUGAGGAUGAUUUAGUGCCAGAAGAAGGGGACAUACAGGAAAAAGACAAUGAAGACGAUGACUUUGUGACAGAAGACACAAAAAAAGAAUAGAGAGGAGGAUGAAGACGAUGAUAUAAACUCAAAAGAAAAGAAUAAGGUUGAUGUGCCUUAUGAUGUAGAAUCAGAAGAGGAGGGAGAGGAAGAAUACAAGGAAAACGAUGAUACUGUGACAGAGGAGAAAAAGUAGAAUCAAAAAGGGAAAGUUCAUGAUGUAGAGUCAGAAAGGGAAGAGGAAGACGAGAAGAUCAAUAAUAUAGUGUCAGAAGAAGAGGAUUUACAAGAAAUAGAGAUUAAAGAUGAUGAAUUUGUGAUAGAAGACACAAAGAAAAAUGGACAGGAUGAUAAACACGAUCAUGUAGAUUCGGAAGAGAGGAUAAAAAUAAAAUUGUGACAGAAGACAAAAACAAGAAUGAUGAAAAUGAUGAGAUAGACAAUGAGGACAAUGGAAUUAUGACACAAGAGAAAAAAAAGAAUAAAUAUGACGGUGAAGUGGAUUAUGGAAUGUCAAAAGAAGAGGAAGAAAAAGGUGAUGAGACUGAUGAUGCAGAACAAGAUGAUGAAACAGAUGGUAGAGAAGAGGAACAGGAAGGAGACAAGGCUGAUGGUAUAGAAAACCGAACAAGAAGAAGACCAAAGAGGGAAAGUGGUAGAUGACGAAGGAUGAUGUACUGUGAGUGUGGAUGACGAAGGGUUAUGCAGUGUGAGUGUGGAUGACGAAGGGUGAUGCGGUGUGUGUGUGGAUGACGAAGGGUGAUGCGAUGUGAGUGUAGAUGACGAAGACGAUGUUACAGUGUCAGAAGAGGAGGAGGAGAAAGAGAGAAAAAUGAUGAAAUUUUGACAGAACGCUUUGCCUUGAAGAAAUUUCUGGUCUCAACUUCACCAUAGACCACAAUGUAAUCAGUACCAUGCACUUCCUCGUCGUCCUCAUGAAGCAAGAGCAAGUGAAGUUCAAUACACUAGUGUACAUCAAGCCAACUAACCCUAGUCUUUGCCUUAAUGGAAGGAGCGAAUGUCCUGACCGAUAUAAGAAAUCUACACUAUCGGUGCUUACAUCUGAAGAUCACUCACACACUGCAGUACUUGGUAGCAAGAAAUAGAAAAGGCAACACAAGUAUUAAUAAACAACGGCUUCAGUUAGAAGAACAUCGUCCAACAAACCAAGAUCAUCGAUAAGUGACAUAAUUCCAUCUCCCCCGAAGACUCAAGAAAGCCUGACAUCACCAAAUACUACCGUGUCUUCUUCUCCACAGCAUACAAAGAAGAUGAAAGAAUCAUUACACAAAUAGUGAAAAGAGAUAUCAAGCCCACAGACAGAGAAAGGAAGAUAAAGCUCCAAAUUUACUACACGAACAAGAAAACCAGCCACCUCCUACUUAGAAACAGUCCCCACAUAGAAAUAGAGACAACCCAGAAGUCACACGCCGUGUAGAAGUUCACCUGCAAACAAGAAAACUAUGAAGUCUUCCCUUCAACUAACAUCGGCAUGACGCCAAUGAAGCUGUCUCGACGGCUCACCUGCCACCAUACAUCCGGAGCCCCAAGAGUACACCUACAGCAGCAGCACGGCAUCAAGAUCACAAGAAAAGAACAGGAGGAAAACACUGAAAUCUCAGAAAAGUGUUCAGAUGCGAGACGCCUUGCAAUACUUGAAGCACUGUACAUAAAGGAAUUCAACUCCAGGAGUGAGGUUUAUUCUUACAACGAUUCGCCGUAUGACUGACGGCAUUUUCAAGCGAACUAGAAAGGUGGAGAGUAAAUCCUUAAGUGGGUGGUAUCAAAAAGAUAAAACCUAGCGAUGAACCUAGUCAGUAGAAGCCAUGAAUCCAUCCGAUGCAUACAGUCACGAUGACCAGUCGAAGACACCGUGAUCCAAGAGUGGUAAUAGUGUAGAUUACACCGCUGGCCCGUCUUGUAAAUAUUCCGUCGCGUAGAAGGACGUGUAUGG